AUGAUGAAAUUGAUGGACUUUAUCGAAGUGCUUGAAAAGAUGGUGAACAGCAAGACCAUCUACGUCAAAGGCGGAUUUGGAGCGCCCGGAAACGCAAAGAACAAGGAAAGAUAUGCGAAAUCAGAUCCUAAGAGAGCAGCCAGUAUCAAUGCUGCAUCCGCAGACACAUUUUUCUUUGAUUGCGCUGGAUGUAUUAAGGGAGCACUCUGGGGAUGGACCGGAGAUAAGAAUAAGACCUACGGAGGAGCUGUCUACUGCUCGAACGGAGUGCCUGACAAAAAUGAGAACAUGAUAGAUUGUUGCUACAAUGUAUCCACCGAUUUUUCCAAAUUGGAAAUC